UUCAUGCAAGUACAUUGCGGUACAAAUCGGGAUAGUUUUGAAAAUGACUAAUAUCUAAUAAGCUAAAAGCACUUGAUACUAUAGAACGGUAGAAGAAUACACCUAUGUAUCUAAGGACCUCCUUGUUGUUGGCAACAUGUUUGUGCAUUAUGGCUACCCAUCAAUGUUUUUCCAACUCGACUGGCACGAAUCCCGGAUCCGAUCCCGAAGACCCUAGAGAGCUGCUGUACCGCGAGCUGUCCCCGGAGGCCUACUUCAGCCUACCUUGUCACGAUCCCGGGGACACCGCCCAGACCUUCCGACGCCAAUAUUCCGAGAAAGAUCUUUCUGAGAAUAAUUGGCUGAAAAAGGACGACAUAGAAUUCAACAAGCUGCACCGGCCGCCAGCUCACGCCGGGUCCGGGGCCUUGGCUGAGGAAGACGUGUACAAUGAUAUGAAGCAUGAAAACAAAUUACCUAGCCAUUUCAACCCUCAGGCCUACACUAUAUUCCAUCUCUGUUACGCCAUGUCGUAUAUAUGGAGACGAGGAAGAAAAGGUAUCCACAGAUAUUACAACCUCCGAGACAGAUACAUCAAUCAUUUGCCCUUUGAAAUCGGCUACAUAACACAAACAAUUAUGGCAAAAUACCAAAAUGUUUUGGAGCUCUACGAGUUUGCAACAAGGAUGGAGUCAGAGAAGAAAGUAGGAAGAUCGCACCUCUUCUUCUUCUAUAAGAACAUUCUGGAAGACUGCCGGACCAUCAUUCACCUGUGCAAUAUGUUACAUGAGGUCACACGAAAAUACCGGACAGUCCAAUACUCUUAUCGCGGUGAACAAUGGUUGCCCGUGAAAUACGACCCGGGCGCCAAGAUGAUGGAUCCCGCGGGGUUCGAGUACAUGCAACCGGUCUCGGUCAAGGACUACACGUUGUGGGACCAUCGCCCCACGAGGGAACGCGAGUUCGGCGUGGAGGGGUUUGAGCAUGAUAAGAUUCUGCAUGAAGGGCCAGCCAUGUUGGAGCGCAUCAAGUCAGUGGCCUCUCUCGGGUGGCACCAGAAGCAACGAGAGUUGAUCACCAUCAAGGAUAAGAGGAACUACUACUUGGACCACGGGUCCUUCUCACUGCCCAGCCACACCCCCUCCACUAGGAGAACCAAGCGUUGGCAAUAUAGAGAAGAACGCCUGGACUACGGAUGGGAACCAACAGAAAUAACAACAUGAAUUUGAACGCCAAGAACGCCUCGCUGUGGGCACCACCACCACUAGUGACGACGACUCCUUAGUCGAUAACUACAUACUACCUACAGCGAGGCAAGCGCCAGGGACAACUACGUGCAACAUAUUUAUUGAACCUUUUGAACGCUUAAUGUCAAGUAUUUACCACUCGUCGGCGUACGCUGUCGAAGGAAACUUCACAAGUAUUUAAGUUGACAUUAGCUCGCUUGCGCCCGGGACGUAGCGUAAAGUGACUUUACAACAAAAACGUCACUGACACGCCUAGG